AUGACAACCUGUGACUGUGACAGUCCAACAACCCCACUGAUACCAGAAGAUGUUAAGAAGUUGACGGUGACUGUCCCAGAGCAUAACGUGAUCAAAGUAACCUGUCAAACUGUGACAAAUUUCUUUGGGCCUGACAGGUUAUACAUUGCAAGUCUUACUUAUGAUCAUGGGGUCAUUCAGGGAUCACCACCGAAGAAAGAAAAAUGUGAAUUUGUAUUCAAAGAUCUAAGCUACUUAACGGAGUAUAAAGUGAAGGUGGUCGCUUUCAACGGAAAAUUUUCCAGCAAAAUAAUCAAGAAGGAAACAGUUAGCACUCACUACAAUGACAAAGCUGUUAUUGGUUUUCUGGUCUUCCUCAUCAUCCUCACAUCUGUGGCCCUCCUCGUGGUCAUCUACAAAAUCUACAUUCUUCGACACAGGAAGUCUCAUGACAUGACUGAAAACCUGAUGCUUAUUUCACAAUCAAAUGAUGAGGACAACUUGCUGACUAUCGAGCCAAUCGCAGCAGAGGUCUUGUUGGACACUUACAAGAGGAAACUUGCUGAUGAGGGAAGACUUUUUCUGGCUGAGUUUCAGAGCAUCCCCCGAAUUUUCUCAAGGUACACCGUGAAAGAAGCCAAAAAGGCCUGCAAUGCCCCCAAGAACCGCUACGUGGACAUCCUACCAUAUGAUUAUAACCGUGUCGGGCUGACCACAGGAAAUGGAGAGACAGGAUGUGACUACAUCAACGCCAGUUUCAUUGAUGGAUACAAGGAAUCCAAGAAGUACAUUGCAGCUCAAGGGCCGAAAGAAGAGACAGUGAGUGACUUCUGGAGGAUGAUCUGGGAGCAGCAGUCCUCUAUCAUUGUCAUGGUAACACGCUGCGAAGAAGGAAACAGGGUCAAGUGUGCGCAGUACUGGCCGUCUCCAGACCGAGAGACAGAGAUCUAUGAGGAGUUUGUCGUGAAGCUGAACUCAGAGGACCACUGCCCUGAUUACACCAUCCGCCAUCUCAGCCUGACUAAUAGGAGAGAAAAAAAUUCAGAGAGAGAGGUGACCCACAUCCAGUUCAUGAGUUGGCCAGACCACGGCGUCCCAGGAGAACCCCACCUUCUCCUGAAACUGAGACGGCGAGUCAACGCUUUUAAGAACUUCUUCAGUGGCCCCAUCGUCGUCCAUUGCAGUGCUGGAGUGGGCAGAACAGGCACCUACAUUUGUAUUGAUGCCAUGAUGGAAGGUCUGGAGGCAGAGGGCAGAGUGGACAUCUACGGCUACGUUGUCAGACUCCGCAGACAGAGAUGUCUCAUGGUUCAAGUCGAGGCCCAGUACAUCCUGAUUCACCAGGCACUGCUGGAGCACAACCAGUUUGGAGAAACUGAGAUCCCCCUGUCUGAGCUCCACAGUACACUGAGCGUGCUGCAACAGAAAAACUCCGACAAUGAAUCCACCUUGAUGGAAGAGGAGUUUGGGAGACUGCCAAACUUUAAAAACUGGAGGACAUUCAACACAGGGAUCACAGAAGAAAACAAGAGCAAGAAUCGCUCCUCAUCUGUUAUCCCAUACGACUACAACAGAGUGUUGCUGAAGAUGGAUGAAGGACGCAGUCAUGACAGUGAGCACGAUGACGAUGAAGAAGAAGAGUCAUCGGACGAAGAGGAUGACGAAUCCACAAAAUACAUCAAUGCGUCCCAACUUGAGGGCUACUGGAGCCCACGCGCCUUCAUCGCAGCACAGACUCCACUGCCAGACACCAUCGCUGACUUCUGGAGCAUGAUUCACCAGAAGAAAGCAUCCACUGUCGUCAUGCUCUCAGACAGCAGUGAGGGUGAUGAGGACUCUGUGUAUUGGGAUAAAGAGAAGAAAACAUUUGGGGAAAUUGAGGUGGAGGUGACAAGCACUGACAUCUCCCCAACUUUUGUCAAACGCAACAUGCAGAUCCGCCACGUCAAGAGGAAAGAGGGUCGGUCAGUGAAGCACUUCCAGUUCCUCAAGUGGGUGAACACAGACCUGCCAGAGAAAUCUCAAGAUCUGACAGACAUGAUCAAGGACAUCAAGCAGAGUUUUGGCAGCGGCAAAUCACAGGGAAGCGUGCCCAUUGUGGUCCACUGCAAUGAUGGCUCGUCCCGUUCGGGGAUUUUCUGUGCUCUGUGGACCCUGCUGGACAGCGCUGAGAGUGAAAAGCUACUGGAUGUUUUCCAGGUGGUCAAAACCAUACGCAAGGAGAGACAGGGCAUGUUCAGCAGCAUGGAGCAGUACAAGUAUUUGUAUGAUGCAGUGAGGUUGGUCUACCCUGUCCAGAAUGGGGAGGUGAAAGGAGUACAGACAACAGCACAGGCAACAGUACAGGCAACCUCCUCUGUCCAGAUUGUAAAUGAAACCGAAGCAACACAGCAAUCAGCUGAGAAGGCUGAGAAGGCUGAGAAGGAUGAGAAGGCUGAGAAGGAUGAGAAGGCUGAGCAGUCAGCCAGCACUACCAUCAGUGAGCAGCAGGGGGAAGCAGAGAACACUCCUCUGGUGGCUGAUGGAGGGAAGGAAGACAAAAAACAGGAGCCUGAAAAAGGGUCCAGCGGUCCCACAGAGACAACACCACUGGAGGACACCAGCAACGGCACCACUGUCACUGUGGAGGUCUGAGGAUGAGCAGGUGCUCUGCAGUCACUUAUGAAUAAGCGCUUUGGUACAAUGCUUUCUGAUUUUGAAUGUAUAAAUGUAAAGCUUCAACAGUGUGGUUUUGGGUGUGAUUUGAUAAGAAAAUUGAUCAAAUGUUUUCAUGCCAAUCUCCAAAAAAAUAUGAUUUAAGUUAUACUUACUUACUUAUACUAUAUUUUGUGAGUUCACUAGAAAUGCUGUUGUCAAACUUUGAGGUCCUUGAUUCACAUUUUGAAUAUAUAAGUUUAUUAUAGAAGCUGUUCUGCAUUCCACAUUACAUUACAUUGCAUUUUAGUUUUGAGUUAGCUUUUAUAUCAUUAUCUUUGCUUAAAUAAUGGAUGCUAAUUGGUGUUAUAUACUGUAUUCAAUUUAUGUGGUUAAGUUUUGAAUUUGUUACACUGUCAAUUUAUGAAAUGAGAGUAAGAUAGUCUUAUCUAUGCAGUAGCCUACUUGUUUAUUUACUAUUCACCAUUUUACCUGAUUCAUGUAGUUAAGGUCUUAAUUUGUAACACUGUAAUUUCAUUAAAUAAGAGUAAGAUAGCCUUA